AUGCAAUAUUUUGGAAUUCGUACCAUUGCUUCAAAUGAAGCAGCAAUAUAUGUCAUUCUUACUCCUGACGUAGAUGAGUUACGAAGACAACCGACACCCAACGUUGGUACAGCGGAACAUUUUGCUGAUCAGGUUGACGGAAGCGGACAUGCUAGUCAGCAGUUUGUGUUCCAUGUUGUGGUGCGCGAUAAUGGCUAUCCCAGGCAGCUGUCUUCUCGGGCAAAAAUAACGAUUACUGUUGUGGAUGUCAACGACAUGGCGCCGGCGAUUUUCGUCAGUUAUCUGAACACACCAAAAUCGCAGGGCUCCGGGAAGUCAGAAUAUUCGUUGACACCUAUGCCAGGUGAACGAACUCGUGGUGUUGUUGCUGAAAAUGUGGCAAGGGCCUUUGUGGCGUUUGUUACAGUUCAAGAUUAUGAUUCAGGGCCUUGGGGUCAGGUUCAGUGUCACACAACCAACGAUGACUUUGCGUUGUUUCCGGUUGGAGAAAGCAGCACAGAUGUGUCAUCUUCAUUCAGUUCGGAGCAUUUCGGGCUGAGAAACGACGUGCAAUCUCUACAAUCCGGGUGGGGUGAGAUCGGCUUCAAAUUGCUGGCAGUUAAGCCUUUUGACAGAGAAAAGAUGUCAGAGGUAACGUUUUACAUUGUCUGCGUGGACAACCCCACUUCAACCAUUCCAAAGUACCAGGAAGCUACGAAUCUGUUUCUGAGUUCAACGCAGCGUAACUACAAUCCAAGUUCGGGGUACACAUCAUCAACAUCGCAGCUCACGGGGACAACACUUGUGCGCGUCAUGAUUGCGGAUGAAAAUGAUAACGCCCCACAGUUUUCAAAGAGCCAAUAUGUGUUUAUCAUAGAUGAGGCCGUUGGUAAAACCGGACGGCCGAUAACCCAAAGCAUGGGACGAUUUGUCGGUCAAGUAAUCGCCACCGAUGCGGACCAUUCAAGUCAAGUGACAUACACAAUUGCUCAAGCGUUAACGGAAUCGUUCAGCGUCGAGCCAGAUAGCGGUAAAAUCUACAUCAAAAGACAAGUUGAUCGCGAAAAAAUUGUUGAAACACUUCAAGCUUCGGAUUUAGACGAUGUAGAUGGGCUUAAGUCUAAAAUUGAAGGUGACGGCAACGUGUAUAUGACCCUACCAGUGACAGCAACAGACGGACGUUACAAUGUGACAGCGAACGUCCGCCUACUCAUCCAAGAUAUCAACGACAAUCCACCAGUGUUUACGAAGUCACACUAUGAGUUCAGCAUUCCUGAAAAUGAACAGCCUGCCCACAGUGGAUGUAUAGGAGUUAUACAAGCACGUGAUAAUGACAUUGGUCAAAACGCGCAAAUAGUAUACCAGCUGAUGGAUAUUCGGGAUUCACCAAGUUCUGGAAUAUCAAAUCUUUCCAAUUUCGAGUCACAUCGCACGUGGAUUCGAUCACUAUUCACAAUAAGCAGCAAAUCUGGACAACUACAUCUGAUGAGAAAGCUGGAUCGUGAGCAACAAACGCAUUAUAUUUUCUAUGUCCUUGCAAUUGACAAUCCACCAGAAGGUCGCACACAGCCAGCGUGGAAAUCACCGGAAUCUACGGUGACGCUUUCUGCAGUGAGUCACACAGCCACAGCCACAGUGACGGUGAUAGUUGAAGAUGUGAACGACAAUGCACCGAAAAUCACGUAUCCGCCUCCACACGGUAUUGUUAAUGUAGAAUCCGGUGCUCCUGCUGGGCAUAACCUGUUCACUGUCGUUGCGGAAGAUCCAGACGCUGGCGAAAACGGCACCGUGCGUUUCGGCUUGCAUUUGGCCACUUUCGAAAGAAGCAAGUCAAACACAUUACUGAGGAACAACAACUCUACCCAGACAUCAUUAGAUAUGGAAACUGUCAACACCAAAUCAAACGGUGGCUUGUUUUCAAUCGAUCCCGCUACAGGUCUAGUUUUUGUGGUUGAAAAACUUGUUGAUCAGUCGGCAAACUACUUGUUGGUUAUUGAAGCUCAUGAUAUGGGGCGCCCUGAGCAGCGAAAAGUAACAUCGACAGUGACCGUUCGAGUUCAGGUAUGUGACCGUUUUUCUGCAUGUCCUUGUUUUCAUUUAUUAGGCUGGUUUGAAGAGGGUGCUUCCCACGUUAUCUUUUGGUUGUAUGAGAAGAAGUGUCAGUUGCUGAAUGCUCUAGCAGCCUUCCAGGCUGGAGUGACUAAUUCCAAAGAACAGCAACAGGCUGAACGCAACAAGGUGCAAGCACCCCGGUUUCUGCCAAACGACCGCAAUGCACUUGAUCCAACAGGCCAGCGCCCACGUGAUUCGGAGCAAGGUGGGAAUAUUCAGACAAUGCGAAGCAAAAAUGAAGCUUCAUCUGAUGGUGAACCAUUCUUCAGUCCCAUCUACCGCAAUCGCCUACUGCCUCUAACAGAGAGAACAAUUGUGGUGAUUUUAGCCACUAUUUUCGGUCUGCUACUGUUGAUAACAGUUGUCCUCAUUUUACUCAUCAAACGACGGCGCGAUCAGGAACAACAGGUGUCGGCACAAAAGGAUAAAUAUGACUUUCCCAGACCUAACAACAACGCUGUGAAAGUGGAACUGCUACGAUCUGGUGGCCGUUCAACAAGUCCUCCCGUCAGUCCUAACGAUGAAGAUGCUGCGAACGCCUCUGCGACCGAUUUUGCGACACUACCUCGAAUCAGACCAAUCAUAAUCCACGAAGGACACUUUGUGGAACUGGAUAACAACUAUACAAAUAACAGUGCAAAUGUUAAUAUUUAUGGCGACCACCUGGAUAGUCUUCAUAGUCAAAGGGACUAUCAGCGGAUAAUCCCUACGCACUUCAUAAAUACUGUGGUACCUACCGUCGUUCACAGUCCACAGACGAAUUCCUUAAGUGGAUCCAACG